AUGCCUCCGCUGCUCCAUCCCGGCGUGGCUGGUCACAACGUCUGCGACGAUAUCUCGGCGAAAUUUACCAGCGGACCUGCUGGUUUCGACAGUGCGGAAGGGAGCCAGGGGAUUCAGGACAAGAAGAUCAACGGCUGGACGUUGCUGAGGAGGUUCUUCAGGGUUGCAAUUGCGUUCUUCACAGGCGAUUGCAAGUGGAAGGCUCGCGGGUUGAUGGUGCUGCUGCUCAUCUUCAGCCUCGGAACCACUGAGAUGUAUGUGGUCAUCUCGUACACGCAGAGGGACUUCAACACGGCACUGUCAGCCAAGAAGCAGACUGACUUUUACCAUGCGGUUUUCAAGUUCAUCAUCAUCAUCCUCGUUGCUGCACCCUUCUUCGCUCUCUUCGACUACGUCCAGGAGCUGCUUUCUCUUGAGUGGCGCUUGUGGCUUACAAAUCUCCUGCUCUCCAGAUACUUUGCCAACCAUGCGUUUCUGGAUCUGAAGAUGGCUGGAAAGCUGGACAACCCCGACCAGCGUAUCUGCGAGGACGUGAAGCACUUCGUCAGGACUUCCCUCAAUAUCAUUAUCACUCUGAUAGAGAAGAUGAUGAACCUGGUCGCCUUCGCCUAUGUGCUCUGGGACAUCUCUCCCCCGCUAGUCUGGUUUCUGCUGGCCUAUGCAGUGUCAGGCACGUUCGUGGUGGUCAGAGUGUUUGGGAAACGACUCACCUGGCUGCAAUUCCAGGGUUUUCAACGGGAGGCAGACCUCCGUUACUCCCUGGUGCGAGUGAAGGACAAUGUUGAGUCAAUCGCGUUCUACCGGGGAGAGGUCAAGGAGGAGGCAUCCGCCAAGUCCUUCCUGCACAGAGUGGCUCUGAAUGUGCGCAACCGUUUGGUGGUGCAGUUCCACCUCUCCUUCUUCACCAACCUCUACGACUUCGCCACCAUCUUCGUCCCUGCUGUCAUCGUGGCCCCACGAUACUUCUCCGGGGAUGUGGAGUUUGGGGUGAUAUCACAGGCCAGCUAUGCCUUCAGCACCAUCUACCGCGCGCUCACAGUCAUAGUCCUCAACUUCAACUCCUUCAGUGAGCUAGCAGCGGAGACAGAGCGUCUGGAGAGCCUACUCGCCUCCCUCUCCGACUUUUCAGCAGAUGACUCGAACAAGCUCUUCUCCCACGCCUCAUCCCAUGCCUCCUCCCACGGCCCCUCCCACCCCACUCACUCCCCCUCUCACCCCUCUCACACUAAGUCAACCACCGAAGAUCCCUCCUCUCAUUCCUCCUCCUCCACUCACUCUCUGGCUCUCGGUCAUUCCCUCUCUCUACAGCCCUCCCAUACCACCUCCGCCUCCUCCUCCUCUCUUGCUCCUACUCUCACGGGACAGAGGCUUGCCGUUCGUCACACUCCUGAAUCCUCACCUGCUCUCACAUCAGCAGCACAGAAAUCGGCAGGCUCAGUUGCUUCAGGUGUUUUGCCAGGUGGUUCUCACGGAGAGGGUGCCCCUCUGCUGGAAUUGACCACUAUGGGGGGAGGCACAGGUGGUGGUGCUGCUGCUGCUGCUGAAAGAGAAGCUGCUGUUAUUGAAUGCACUACCGCAACAGGUCGCAUUCAGCGCAUUGAAGGUCCGUGCCUCACACUCACCUCCGUAGUCAUCCGCACGCCCAACCUCCGCCACACGCUCUACCCCUCCUCCCUCUCCUUCUCCCUCCCCCCCGGCGCCUCCCUCCUCGUCAUGGGCCCUUCGGGCUGCGGAAAAUCCUCCCUCCUGCGAGCCAUCGCCGGCCUGUGGAAAUCCGGAGAGGGAACCAUCGAGUCUCCGCCGCCCGGGAAAACUUUUUUCCUGCCCCAGAAGCCGUAUAUGCCACUAGGGACGCUCCGGGACCAGUUGGUUUUCCCAGGAAAUGCUCUGGAGGGAGGUGGAGGGGGAGAGGGCGGAGGAGGGGGAGGAGGCGGAGGGAUGGAGGGAGAUGGGAGCAACGGUGAGGAGGGAGGGAGGAGUGUGAGGGGUGAUUUUUCGGACAAAGAGCUAUUGCAUGCGCUUCAGGAGGUUUCACUUCCAGAUCUGGCUGAACGGGUGGGAGGGCUCGCUGUGGAGUGUGACUAUUCCGACAUGCUUUCUAUGGGGGAGCAGCAGCGGGUGGCGUUCGCUCGUCUUCUUCUGCAGCAGCCAUACAUGGCGUUUUUGGACGAGGCGACGAGUGCGUUGGAUGGGGCGAACGAGGCACGGCUGUAUGGGAUGAUGCGCGAGAGGGUGAAGUCGUUUGUCAGUGUGGGACACAGGACGAGCUUGAUCAAGUUCCACACGCUGGUUCUAGCAUUUGACGAGGACGGCGAGGGCGCAUCCGAUGGCGCAUCUGGCGGCACAAGCUGGAGCGGCAGCUGGUGGCUCGGGAAGCGGGUCGGAAGCGGCGAAUGCGGCGUGAAAUCCGGAACCGGGAAGCUGAGUAAUAACAGGAGGAAGAAACGCAAUGGUCGCCGGGCAGAUGGAGGAGAAAAACAUGUCCACGUGGCAGGCGAAGAAGACAGCCAGGAAGGCGAUGACGGGGAUGAGGAGGAUGAGUGGGAGGAGGAGGAAGGAGCGGAGGGAGAAGGGGAUGAGAAGCCGCAGAGAGCGUUUCGUAGGGUUCUUGCUGAUAACUCAAGAUCUCCGUUCCAGCACCUGAAACGAAAUGAAUCGGCUUGUAACGAGGAUGAGGGCGAGAGUGAGGAACCAGGAGAUGUACACCCAUUUGGCGACGAGAUCCGCCACCUUAUCCACAAUCCUCCUCCACCCAACCACGUGCUGCCACCUGGCACCACACCACCACCACCUCUGAAUGACCCUGGUGUCACAACAAACUCCUCCCCAUCCUCCUUCCACUGGGUAUCCACGAAGCACCAGCUAGCAUCCCUAGCAGCGCUGCUAGAGAGCCAGGACGAAUUCGCAGUGGACACAGAGCAGCACAGCCACCGGUCCUUUCUAGGCUUCACCGCCUUGAUCCAGAUCUCCACCCGAGAUGGCACUGACUACAUAAUCGACGCCAUUGCCCUGCACGACCACAUAGGGGACGCCCUCCGGCCUGUAUUUGCCAACCCGGCAAUCACGAAGCUGUUCCACGGGGCUGACUCCGACGUGCUCUGGCUGCAGAGGGACUUUCACAUUUACACCGUGAAUCUCUUUGACACAGCACGGGCCUGCUCGGUUCUCAACAAGCCGUACCGCUCGCUCGCGUUCCUCCUGGACCACUACUGCCGCGUCAGCACCGACAAGCGCCUGCAGCUGGCCGACUGGCGCCGCCGCCCGCUGCCGCCAACAAUGCUACAGUACGCGCGCACGGACUCGCACUACCUGCCGUACAUCGCCGGCCGGCUGCGCAGCGGAUCCAAGUAUGAGGAGGCAGUGAGGAGGUCCAACGCGCUAUGCCUUCAGCUGUAUGAGAAGCCAGGGGAGAGGAGUGCCGGCGCUGACAGGAGUGCAGUUGGGGAGGCUGGGAGGGAGCGAGGUGAGCGAGAGGAGGUGGUAGCAGCACAAGGGCGUGGGGGGUUUGGAGCGGUGGGAGGGAGUGCUGAAGCGGCAGCAGCAGCAGCGGCGGCGGCUCUUUUUCGACAGCUGUUGGGCGUUUGUGGGUAUGUAGGAGGUUCUGCGCUUUCAGGUGGAUUUUCAGGUGAUUCUGCUGGUUCAGGUGCUGGCUCUGUGGCGCCUGACGCUGGUGCCACGUCAGCAAGUCAGAAGACGUCGGAUCGGUCACAUGUGUUACGGGAAGUGAGGGCUGUGCUUGAUGCGGUAACCAGAUGGCGCGACACUGUAGCGCGGGAAGAAGACGAAAGCCUGCGGUUCCUCCUUGCUGACGUGGCAGUGGUCGCCGUGGCGCUCCUACGGCCUGCCACGUGUCAAGAGCUGAUUGGUUGCGUGGCCAAAGCCAUGGCAGCCGCUGCUGCUCUCACGCCGCCCUCUAUGCGAGAAGAGGCCGGCGUUCCUCGUCCUAUUCAAGGAGGGGAGAGUGGAACCUUUGAUUCAACAGAAGGAGCUGCCCUGCCAGCAGUAGCGGAGCAAGCUACUCCAUCUCAGCCCACGUCACCUUCCCCCUCGCCUCCUCUCGUCCGUCGAUCUCUUGAGCUGGUUGCGCUGAUCGCUGCCACGUGUCGCGAUGUGAGAGGCGGCGACGAGCAGGUGCAUGGUACAGCUGGAUCAGCAGAGCCAAACGAUGCAGCGGCAGCAGUGCAUGGGGUGGCUGAAAGGGCAGCAACAGCAGCGUCAGCAGUACAGGCCAGACUCGCAGAGAUAUCAUUUCUCCUGGCUCCGGUGGUCAUUCAGCAGAGGGCGCCAGCAGCAGUGCAGGAGGCGUGGUUAGAAGAAGCGGUUGCUCUCACUGCUGCUGCUGCUGUUUCAGGCAACCUCUCCGCUGCUGCUGCUGCCGCUGCUGCUGCUGCUGCUGCUGCUGGUGCUGCUGCCAGUGGUUCUGCAGAGGAAGGGGGAAUCUUGCCGUCUGACUCAUCCCACCAACAUCCUAACCACCCUCACACCCACCCCCACCACCCCCACCACCACCGCCCGCACCAAAACUUUCGGCUGCCCAAGCGGUGGCAGCGGGCGCGCGACCCGAACCAGGCUCGGGCAAACUUCAUAAAGAAAUUCUCCUGCCAGGGUCCGGUGUACGAGAAUUGUAGGAUCUACAGCGGGGAUGGGCGGCUGCUGUGCUUCUGUGAUAAGCGGAAGCUGGAGUGGUAUGUGGGGCGGGGACUGGCUGAGUAUGUGACCGUUGACAUGCUGCCGUCACUGCAGGGAGCUGAGGAGACGGGGUUGGGGGUGAAGGGAGAAUCCGCAGUGGGGCCUGCUGCUGAUGCUGAUGAUACUGCCGAUGCAGAUGGCACUACAGGUCCUGAGAACGCCUCUGCUGGUGCCGCUACUGCUGAUGCUGAUGAUGCUGCCGUCGGUGCUGCUGCUGCCACUGCUGACAGCACCGCCUCUGCAGCAACAACAGACCCACCACCACCCGCACCACUCCCCGCCAACCUCGCCUCACCUCUCUCCGUCCGCCUGCUCUUCCAACCCAAGGGCCGUCCAGAAGACGACGAGAACGAGUUUUACAUCCAAUCCAAGUCCAACCGCUGCGUCUCUUGCGGCGAAUCCACCCACUACCUGCGCUACCGCCUCGUGCCCUCCUGCUACCGCCAUGCGUUUCCCGAGCAUCUGAAGUCGCACCGGAGUCACGAUAUUGUGCUGCUGUGCGUUGAUUGCCAUGACGUGGCACAUCGUGCGGCUGAGAUUCACAAGCGGGAGGUCGCGAGGAGGUUCGGGGUUCCGCUGCUGCUGUCGCCGCUGGAUCGGAGGCUCGGCGGAGGGUCGGGUGAGGGCGGGGGUGAGAGGGGAGGAGAAGGGGCGGGUGAGGGGGAGAGCGUAGUUGGGAAUGGGGCUGGGAGGGAGAAGGGAGAGGGUGGGGAGGAGGAGGGAGGUGGGGAGAUGGUGGGUGAGGGGAGUGUGAGCGGUGAGCGGAAUGGGGGAAGGGAUGCGAGAGUGGAAGCAGCGUUUCUUUUGAAUGAUGCUGCCCGGUCAGCGGUGGCGGUAUUACGGCACGGGGCCUCCCUGCCCGAAAGCAGGCUCUGCGAGCUUCUGCUGCCCGUGUGGAAAGUUUUGAAGCGGGCAGCGGGCGGCCCGGUGAAAAUCGAGGAGCUGGAGAUGGUGGUGCAGGCAGGGAAAGGGACCAGACACGGAACCAAGGUUGUAGCGCUGCUGCUGGAGGGGGGUGGGGAGGCGGGGAUAAGGGAGUUCACGCAGCAGUGGAGGGAGGUGUUUGUGGCAGCGCUACAGCCGCGCUUCCUGCCGCCCGGUGCUGCAGAGGAGCAGCAGUGGAAGGAGGUGUUUGUGGCGGCGCUACAGCCGUGCUUCCUGCCGCCCGGGUGGGACGUGCAGCACCUGGGGCGACGGCAGUUUGGGAAGUUUUCUGUUUACAAUCCCCAGCAGAGGCGAUAUGUGAAGGAAGGAGGGAAUGAGGGGGGAAGGGAGGGAGGGGAGAGUGGAGGGGAGGGAGGGGGGGGAGGGGGAGGAAGGGAGGAAGAAGGGGGUGAAGGGGAGGAACUGUAA